GACCCGGUUUCCCCAGCUGAGUGUCCCGCGUGGUUUCCGGGGCAUCGGGUUCUUGGGGAUCCGCCGUUUCUUCCCUUUCCGCCGGACCUGCCCGGCCCCCGCGGGCCCGAGCGAGAACUAGCUUUCGGAGCUGCGGGGCAGGAGCCAGCGCGUCCUAGUCGCAGCGCUCGGGCGGAGGCUGUGUGCCUGCGGGCCCGGCCCCAAGGCGCCCCCGAUGGCGGGUCCGCGGGUGGAGGUGGACGGAGGAGUCCUGGAAGGGGGCGGCCAGAUCCUGAGGGUGUCCACGGCCCUGAGCUGUCUCCUGGGCGUGCCCUUGCGCGUGGAGAAGAUCCGAGCCGGCCGCAGCACGCCGGGCCUGCGGCCUCAGCAUUUAUCUGGACUGGAAAUGGUUCGGGAUCUGUGUGAUGGGCAACUGGACGGGGCAGAGAUCGGCUCCACGGAGAUAACGUUCACGCCGGGAAGGAUCAGAGGCGGGACCCACACAGCGGAUACGAAGACAGCAGGGAGCGUGUGCCUCUUGCUGCAGGUGUCCAUGCCCUGUGUCCUCUUCGCCGCGUCCCCAUCGGAGCUGCGUCUGAGAGGCGGGACCAACGCUGAGAUGGCCCCGCAGAUUGAUUACACGACCAUGGUUUUCAAGCCCAUUGUUGAAAAAUUUGGCUUCAAGUUUAAUUGUGACAUUAAAAUGAGGGGCUACUACCCAAAGGGGGGUGGUGAAGUGAUUGUCCAGAUGUCACCAGUUAAACAACUGAACCCCAUAAAUUUAACUGACCGUGGCUCUGUGACUAAGAUACACGGAAGAGCAUUUGUGGCUGGUGUCUUGCCAUUUAAACAGAUGGCAAAGGACAUGGCGGCGGCGGCGGUGAGGUGCCUCAGGAAGGAGUUCCGGGACCUGUACGUGAACAUCCAGCCCGUCCAGGAGCCAGGGGACCAGGCCUUUGGCAACGGCAGCGGAAUCAUCAUCACUGCGGAGACGUCCACGGGCUGUUUGCUGGCCGGGUCGUCACUCGGUAAACGAGGUGUAAACGCAGACAAGGUUGGAAUCGAAGCUGCCGAAAUGCUCUUGGCAAACCUGAGGCACGGUGGUGCCGUGGAUGAGCAUCUGCAAGACCAGCUGAUCAUUUUCAUGGCGUUAGCCAGUGGCGUUUCCAGAAUAAAAACCGGACCAGUCACGCUGCACACAAAAACGGCUAUUCAUUUUGCUGAACAGCUGGCAAAGGCUAAAUUUACUGUGAAGAAAUCAGAAGAUGAAGAAGAUGCUUCCAAAGAUGCCUAUAUUAUCGAGUGCCAAGGAAUCGGGAUGACAAAUUCAAAUCUAUAGCGUGUGUGCCUUUUAAACGACACCUCGGUGAACACUGGCACUAACUCAUUUCAGUAAAUACUGCAAAACGACGAGCAAGAAGCGACUCAUUCGAGCACCUGACUUCACCUGGGAGGCGGGGCACCUAGUGUUCUCCAUCCGCUGAGGUCGCCCCCUGGGAUUCGUCUCCUGUGAUGUGGACGAGAUGUGUCUGCUGACAGCUGGUCUCAGCGUGAACGUGUUGGUGUAAAAUGUUCUUCCCUUUUUGUGCAAUAAAGCCCAGAACGGUG